CUCACAACAAGGAAGUGCCGUUCCAGCCAAUCACAGCAGCCUUUCUUGCCGAUUUGUCAGUAUCAACAUGGCAGCUUUCUGAGUUUUGGAGGAGGGUACCUGGUGUAAAUAAACACGAUUUCACGUUUUACAGAUAACGACAAGGUUCGUGUGUUUGUGUUUAAGGCUGGUUGGACCAUAGAGGGAAAAUGUCGAAUGACGGAAAUAAAAAACAGUUCUGGAAAAGAAACGCAGCGAAGGUUCCUGGCAGCAUUCAACAUGUGUAUGGCGCACAACAUCCACCUUUCGACCCGCUCCUCCAUGCUAACCUGAUUAAGGCAGGAAACAGGCCUCCUCCGGCCACGCCAGGCAAGCCCAAGAAGGCUACCACCUUUCAGGAGUUUGAGAGCAUCACAAGUGAUGCCUGGGAUGUCGGGGACGAUGACGACGAGUUGCUGGCCAUGGCUGCACAGAACCUUAAUAUUGAUGUUGUCAUGGAGACAGCCAAUAAGGUCAUUGAGAAUCACAGCAAGCAGCAGGAGAAACAAAGGCAGGAUGACACAACAGAGCUGGAACAGAGAGAAGAGGACACACAGGAGGAGGUGGCAGAGGACGAGGAGGAGGACGAAGAAGAUGAAGAGGACCUGGUGGGGGAGGGAGACGCGACCAGCCCAGAGGUCUCUUUUGCCUCCCAGAGCAGCCCUUACACUGAUGGCCGCCUUGUAAAGUCCCAAAGCGAAGCUCCAAUUGGGUCACCAAAAGAUGCAGCAGGUGAGCAUGCAGCACUCCACAGACAACGGUCUCUGCCCCAUCGGCCGCCCGUCAUCCCGCUAGUGGCUCGCAUGGCUGACCAGAACACGUCCGGUACCCCAGCCAUGACCGAGAGGGAAGCGUCUCGUCUGGAUAAAUUCAAACAGUUGUUAGCUGGGCCCAACACAGAUCUGGAGGAGCUACGGAAACUCAGCUGGUCUGGAAUCCCGCGUCAGGUCCGACCGAUAACGUGGAAGCUCCUUUCGGGUUACCUACCAGCUAAUGCAGAAAGAAGAGACAGCGUCCUACAGAGAAAAAGACAGGAAUAUUUUGGCUUCAUCCAGCAAUACUAUGACUCCCGCAAUGACGAACACCACCAGGACACAUACAGACAGAUCCACAUAGACAUUCCUAGGAUGAGUCCUGAGUCUUUGGUGCUGCAGCCAAAGGUGACAGAGAUUCACAUUGACAUACCGAGAACUAAUCCUCUUAUUCCUCUCUUUCAACAAGCUUCUGUCCAAGAGAUCUUUGAGCGGAUCCUUUUUAUCUGGGCCAUACGCCAUCCGGCCAGCGGCUACGUGCAAGGCAUCAACGACCUGGUCACGCCGUUCUUUGUCGUCUACGUCUUUGAGUACAUUGAGGAAGAAGUAGAAAACUUUGACGUGUCCAGUCUCGAGGAAGAGGCUCUGAGGAACAUUGAGGCUGACAGCUUCUGGUGCAUGAGCAAACUGCUGGACGGCAUCCAGGACAACUAUACAUUUGCCCAGCCAGGCAUCCAGAGGAAAGUCAAGGCCCUGGAGGAGCUGGUCAGCAGGAUUGAUGAGUCUGUGCACCGCCACAUGCAGCAGUACGAGGUGGAGUACCUGCAGUUUGCCUUCCGCUGGAUGAACAACCUCCUGAUGAGGGAGCUGCCAUUACGCUGCACAAUCAGAUUGUGGGACACCUAUCAGGCUGAACCAGAGGGCUUCUCCCAUUUCCACCUCUACGUGUGCGCUGCCUUCCUGGUGAGGUGGAGGAAAGAAAUUCUAGAGGAGAGGGAUUUUCAGGGUCUGAUGAUCCUCCUGCAGAACCUUCCCACAAUGCACUGGGGUAACGAAGAAGUGAGCGUACUGCUGGCUGAAGCCUACAGGUUGAAGUUUGCCUUUGCUGACGCGCCAAACCACUACAAGAGAUGAUAAGCGUGGCUUGCUGCAGCUGCUCCCCUUCUUCUCCUGUUCUUGCUCCUCCCCCUUUUUAUCACCUCCUACCUGCUCUGCAGUCGUCUACUGAACUUAAAGGCCUCUUUUCCUUCAGGGAAGGACGUCCCUUUUUCUUAACCUCCGCUCCCCCAUUUUGCCCAAUGGGCCUUUCAGCUAUUAAGAGAUUUGGAUCAACCAAUGACUGAGAGGACAUGCGGUGUAGCAUUUUAACACAUUGAUGUUGGAGCCUUUUUUUUUCUGAUCAGCUCUGAAAUGUGCUCUCCUUCAGUCCACUGCAGAACCUUCUUCAACACUGAAGGCCACAACUUUUUACAGUUCGGUCCGCUCAAGUACAACCUCAGGCCUGAUGCAGGACCACGAGCUCAGCGCUGCCGGGAGGUUAUUCUGGCUCAGAAAAAAAUGUCUUUUCUGCUAAAAAAAGAAAAAGAAAAUCCAAUGCCAUGGCAAUAGGUUGUUUUUUUGUGUGUCCUGGGGCCAAAAUGUGACCUUUUUUUCAGUUUGCGAAGACAAAGAAAGAUAGCAAAAGGGCACAGUGCUGGAUGGUUUACAUAUCUGAGCCCGCUCUCCUGGUCACAACACCACCUGAAGGAACAUGACCUCUCCUGUUCUUUUUUUUCCCCUCCUGCUGCGUGCCGAGAGGGGGACCUUUUGUUUUCCUUCAUGACAAACUAGCAGUAGGACUUUACAGAGAGACGGUCUCUGAGGGAAAAUGUGUCUCCCUCCUUCUACAAACCACAAACAUCCACCCAGUUCCUUCCCCUAUCCCCGGUCCUCCCACCCACACUGCAGAGCCCACGCAGAUCGACAUCACUAGGGUUUGGCAUCGUUUGGAUUUUAACAAUUCUGAUUCCAAUUCCGAUUCUUCCUUUCGAUUCCGGUUCUUAUCGAUUCUUGAUUUUGAUUCUUUGAGAGGUGGAGUUCAAACGGGUCACAUUCUUAAUUCACAAAUAAGAAGAAGAUUUUAUUUUGAUACAAUGGUGGGUUGCAGUUUUACCGGGCUUUUUCAACUCAAAAUAAAGCCACACUAGAGCGCCGACUACUGCGCUCCAUGGCAGCAACACAAAAAGCGCCUGGCCGCUAAAGAAACCAAAACUUGCGCAUAUUAAACUGGGAAGCGAUGAUCGGAUUUGAAACCAAAUCCUCCAAAUGAUUCCAUUAAAGAAACGAUUCUACUGGAAUCGUAAUUUUUAAAACGAUUCCCAGUAGGAAUCGGUUCUCGAUGCCCAAUCCGAGACAUCACAGAAGAUAAGAAGCCAUUUGGAGGAAGAAAGCUACUUUUUUCCUCUCAACCUGCUUAUAGAUGAAAUGGCCAUGUCUUAUCUUUUAAUCGCCCCUCAUCUCUGUUACCAGGACUACCUCAGAACACACAAGUAGUGAAACCUAGAAAUCCACAGACCGGUACAUACAUUUACGCAUAUGUCGUUAAGUUUAGAAACGUGCACACAUCAGUAUGGGGGCAAAAUAAACUAUUUCAAGUUCAAUUGCAAAAUGGAAUCAUCUCAUGGAAGCUAAGUUAGGAUAUUUAAAGAGCCUUCACAGGGUUGUUUUUUGAAGUGGGAUCCAAAUGAACAAGUUUGCCUUAAUUAAGAUACAAUCUGUUUUUUUACUUUCCCUUCCUCUUUUGUUUUUCAGGCCCAAUUUUUAUGGGUGAAAAAAAAAAAACUGUGACAUGCCAAUUUGUUGUCUUUGAUAUUUUGCUGAGAAUAGGCUUUAGGAGUCUCUCAUCGGGUAGUUAAGUGAUUCCUUCAGCAAGCAAAAAUCCAAAUAAAACACUUUGAUUACAUACUCUCCAUAAAGUAGCUCCACCUUGUUAUGGCGAGAGGACACCAUUAAGGCGGUUUGCGCUGACCUGAGCCUGAUUCUUGUUAUUAUUCCUUUCACAAGGCCUUCCUGGUCACACAGGUGAAAGCUGCAGGUGCACGGGUGUUUUUUUUUUUUGCAGCGUCUUCAUUAAAGGGAGUCUUGCACCUUUAAAAUAAUAAACAAAAAACAAUUACACACGUUUUAUCCAAAUUGGUUCUCCUAAUGGAAUCAUGUGUAUCCCGCACCAAUCCCGUUUCAAUAUCCUCCAGGUAGUCAGGGUUUAGCUGAGUGUCAUUGCCUCUUUUUCCUGCCUUGUGUAGCAAAAUUAGUGUUGAUUUUUGUUUUCAAAAUGCAUUUUUAAGUUUACAAGGGACAGACCCUUUGCUGUUAAUAAUAAUAAUAAUAAAAAAAAAUCAAUAGAGCAGAAUCAUGGCUUUAACUAUCAAUGACCGACACAGAUAACAGUUAAAUUCACCCUUUAAUGUGAAAUCUGUUUGCAUAUAGCGAGCUGCACAUAACUGAACAAAAACAGCACGGGCAUUAAAAUAGAACCUUAAUAUUCUUGUGCACAGGACUCCCUGAUUAACAUCGUCUUAACAACACCUUUGUCUUUCUCCUGUCUUUGUUGCUCUGUUCAAGAGCACAUGGGAUAUUUUACCCAAAGUCAAUGGCACCAUAUUGGUGUAAUGUUAGGGGAUUGGGGGGGGGCAAAAUCAGAUAUUCAUGACAUAACACAUAGCUGUUAACGUCUAGAGCCUCCUGUUGCGACUCCGCCAGGAUCCAUUAUUGUCACCCCAGCCCACAAAGACGGUGUGCGUAGGUGUGUGAAGGGGAGAUGGAAGCAGAGAGGGACGGGGGUUGUUUCUUUUGGAAGUUUCAGCGCUUUUUUCUCUGAGAGCUGUCAGUCUUUGAUCACACUUGGGAUCUUUUUUUAUCCAAUCUGCACCAGUCUCACAAGUCCAUCAUCUCCUUUGCUCUCUGAUGAGGAAAAACUGCACUUAAUUUAAAAGUCUAUAGCCUUUUUUCCCCUUCCUCUCUCUCUCUCUCUCUCUCUCUCUCUUUCACUCUUUGUAUGAGAUUUAUUCUUUCAAUCUCACAAUUUACAGAUUUUUCUUUUACAUUUCUGGUUUUAUGUUGUUAUGCUUACAAGACAAGCCUAUUAAGUUGUGCCUGACUCUGGAGACAUGAGACAAUGUCUUAGUUAAUUUUUUGACCUCAAAUGAACCUGAAAGGUUCUCGAUUUCUGGAAGCAAUAGUAUCACAUUUUGCAUUUGCUGUGAAAAGACAGAAACUAUCUUUUUGUAUGUGCACAUCUAUUUUUUUGGGUGUGUUAGCCAACAACAUGAACUGUUUAAUACCGUAACACUCUGGGCCUUUUAAAAGUUCAAACUCGGCAAAUGAUGCUUCGCUUUACCCCUCCCCUGAACAUCGACGGCACGCCUGUCAAGAUUUGGACUUCACCACGUGUUGAAGCGGUACGCUUAGGGCUGUAGUGAGGUGUUUUUUUUAUUAUUAUUAUAUAUACAAAAGACUAUCCAAAACCAAAAUUACAAGAGGUAAAAGUGUAAGGAACUCUUGUUUACCACAUACAGUAGUAACCUAAAGUUAUUUUCACAUCAUUAGCUAACUACAUUAGUUGGUGCGGUUACAAGUUAUCAAAAAAUCCAAAAAAUAGGGGAUGCCUGACACUACUAAUAAUGUGGGAGGUUGACAGCAACUGUGCUUUCUGUGUGUGUGUGUGUGUGUGUGUGUGUGUGUGUGUGUGUGUGUGUGUGUGCGCGCGCGCACGUGUGUAAGUCAUGGGCAAAGGAAGCAGACUUGUAACCCCCCCCCCCCCCCCCCCCCCCCCCCCCCCCCCAACCAACCUUCUUUUCAAAUCAUUAGAAGAGAUUCUAUAUUUUUGCAGUAAUGUCAUAUGCCCUAAACAAGAAGUAGUUGCCUAGUUUGUGAAAAGAGAUGGCUUAAUAAACAAAGGCCCAUUCACAUGCUGCCAAUCUCAAAUUUACCUGCCUGUAACCCGGUCCUCUCCACAAACACACACACACACACACACACACACGUCUCCAUGGUGAUGAAGGCCUAGGUUUUAUCUGGCUGGAACCCAUUUUCAAUUAGCGCACACACAAACACACACACACACAAACACACACAAACAAGCUUCAUCAUCAUCAUUUUUUGAAACAUCUUCAGGAGUGUAUCCUUAAGUAACAUUUUCAGCUGCUUUCAUUUCUUGUAGUUUGUUUCCUUCCUUCUUGCUCUGCGUCUCCAAACAUUAAAAUAUGUUUAUGAAAGAAGCUGAAAA